AUGGACAGCGAGACAUUCCAUUAUUUCCCGCAACUGCCACCAGAAAUACGCCGUAUGAUCUGGGAGCUCUGUCUACCCUAUCGUGUGGCACAAGUCGAUCCUUGUGAUACCUUUUUUGACGGGAGAAAACCCGAACAAGUCUGCGAUGUCGAGCGCGUCACGAUUGAAAAUGCCAAGCAACCUGUCAUAGCAUUCGUCAACUAUGAAUCUCGUCGGGUUGCGCUGGAACAUGGACUCUGGUUUCGAGAGAAUGAUACAAUAAUCCCAGUCAUAAAGUCGAUCUGGGUGCAACCCCGGCGGGAUGUGCUGCACCUCAAUUGGACCUCGGAGCGUGGCUAUUCUUGGUAUCGAUUCGAAUACAGCGGCGACCGUAACGAUUUGAUCCACUGGCUUCUGGAUUGGAUGGAAAGAAUUCCUAUGGAACGAGGCUCUAUCGUAGCAGAGUUGAUUCAUCCAUUCAAAUUACACGCACUGUUAGACGGCGCUGAUGAUUCUAAGGCGUCGGAAAGUCCAAUCGCCAAAUAUCAAGCGCAGAAUAAUUUUACAAUAUCCACGAUAUCACACUAUACUUUAUUUUGUCCAGGACAUCAAAUCCGCCUUGAUGUUGUCAUGGCAGCUAUUUCUCUACACAUCACCAAGGAAUCAGCUUUGCGAAAAUAUGAAGCAAUAUACAGGGAACACGUUAUAGACAAGGAACCAAAGGUUCAAAAGAUCUUUGAAAUGCUUAUGAGUCCUCGAUUUCAGGCAGCCGUGAAAGCCUGGAAACGACAGGUCGAAUGGCUCAUGAUUGCAAGCUUGGCGUGGUAUGCAUCAACCGACGAGAUGACCCAACCAUGGCGUUACAAGAUGGAUUUGGAACCAGAUGAUCUCAUGAGCGUUUGGCCAUCCAUGGGUCAAGGAAGCAAUGGCGAUAAUGGCUAUACUCCGGCCCCGAAUAAUGGUGCAUUAUUGUACUAA